CAAAUACCCUAAUUUAAUGGCCUAAAUAAGUGUAUAAAAUACACUUAUCAUCUCACACAUGAUCAUCAAUAGAUUUCCUUUAACUGAUAACCUCUUUCGUCCAUUUCUUUCAAUUAGAAAUUAGAAAGAUCAUACAUAGGUCUAUAUUAUUUCCACGGCAUUAGGCAUGCAUUACCAUAGAGACUUCACAACUCUAGAGUUCUUUGAUCUCCUGCUAUUGCGAUCAGUUGAGGUCUAUACCUUUGUUCAUAUCUUUUAUACACCUCUGGAAUCCAUGAUUCUCAUCCACGUGGUAGGACAAUUAGAAGAGAUAGAGCAAGAAGUUGGGUGUAGUGAGUAUCUAUCAAUGGUAAUUCAGUUCUGAAUCUGUAAAAAACAAAAGAAAUCUGAGCCCGUGGAGGGUUAAAGCAAAUUUCCCUGUUCUAGUUCUCACUUUGGUUUUGGGAAUCACAGGGCCUUACUUAUUCUGGUCGGAUUUAGUCUGGAACACAACUUUGAUAUCCCUAACAAAUUCUUCACUUUGUUCUGGGCUCAACUAUUAAAAUUAUGUGCAAUCACUUCGUAAUUACACAAUAUUUCUUUGACCUAGUCCAUUCCAAGUUUCCAACAGAAGCUUCUAAUUGGUUUGAAAAAACUGCACAAAGCGACAUGCUUUGUCAAUUCCCACUGGGUUCACGUUUUAUUAUGUUAAACAAAAAGUUUCGUAUUGCGUCCAAAAAAAAGAAAUUUAAGCCAUCCAUCUUCAACUUGAACUUGGUUUAUCCUAUUUUUCUGUAAACUCCCUCUUUUUCUCUAAAUAUGCAUCCCAAACUCAACCGGAGAUAUUUUCUUCUCCUCGUUAGCCUACUGUUAAUCCAGCAUAUCCCGGGUUCCUUGUGUCAAAACGGUGGAGAGUAUGAAACCUGUGGUGCUCCGUUUCAGUGUGCCGGAAUAGGGGGAAUAAGUUAUCCAUUCUAUGGUGGGAAUAGGCCGAACUAUUGCGGAUAUCCAGGUUUCCAGCUCAGUAAUUGCCAAGGCGAUGUCCCAAUACUUACUAUUUCAUCAAUACGAUAUCGUGUCCUGGAAAUCGAUAACACCAGAAAGACCGUUAGAGUUGCAAGAGAGGAUUUAUGGAACACCACUUGUCCCAGAUUUCUUUACAACACAACCUUGGAAGAAAACAUCUUUCUGUUUUUACCCAAUGAUCAAAAUAUUACUUUACACUACGGCUGCUUCACAUCUAGUGGUCAACCUAUACCUCUACAGCUCCCAUCGAUGUUCCCUUGCAAUGUGAACCGAACCAGUUCAAGUUUCUUCACAUUAGGAGGAGCUUUUCCAUCUAUCCCCGGAUUUGGAGCUCCUAUCAGAUGUGAGACUAAUAUCUCUGUUCCAGUCAAUGAAACUGCGGCGAGGCUCUUGGCAGUUUCUUCAGCUUCAAUCGUUCUUCUUCAGGACGCUCUUGCUAGUGGUUUCUCAUUGCAGUGGUCCGCGAAUAAUACUGCUUGUGAAAAUUGCAAUCAGUCAGGUGGUGUUUGUGGAACUAAUCUGGAUCCUCUAUCAUUUGCUUGUUAUUGUGCUAAUGGACCUUUUUCGUCAACUUGCAACUCUGCUGAAACUGAAAACGCUGCAGGGAGUGGUAAAAAUAAAACGGGGAUGAAUAUCGGCCUUUCCAUAGCAGGUGCAGUUCUUGCUGGUAUUGGCUUAGGCUGGUUAAUUUUCCACUACAGACAGAAGAAAAAACAACGGCUUGCUGCACAAUCUACGGAAACUAUGAGCAAGGACCUUCUACAUCCUCCAAGCAAAAGCAUCUCGACCCCCCCUUCGGCUACUUUUACCAGGAGCAUCCCCUCUUAUCCCUCUUCAAAAUCCGACUUUGGUAGGUCCAGUUUCUACUUCGGUGUCCAGGUCUUCAGCUAUAGUGAACUUGAAGAAGCUACAAAUAAUUUUGAUCCUUCUAGAGAAUUAGGAGAUGGUGGGUUUGGGACCGUAUACUAUGGGGUGCUAGCUGAUGGUCGUAUAGUUGCUGUCAAGCGCUUAUACGAGAACAAUUUCAAGCGUGUAGAGCAGUUCAUGAAUGAAGUUGAGAUCCUUACUCGGUUGAGGCACAAGAACCUUGUGACGUUAUACGGAUGCACAUCAAAACGAAGCCGAGAACUGCUGCUUGUCUAUGAAUAUAUACCAAAUGGAACGGUGGCUGAUCAUCUCCAUGGGAAACGUUCCAAAUCUGGCUUGCUAUCCUGGGCUGUGCGGUUGAAUAUCGCCAUUGAAACAGCCAAUGCACUGGCUUAUCUCCACAAAUCAGAUAUAAUACAUCGCGAUGUCAAGACCAACAACAUUCUCCUUGACAAUGACUUCCAUGUAAAAGUUGCCGAUUUUGGGCUUUCCAGAUUGUUCCCCAACGAUGUCACUCACGUUUCAACGGCUCCGCAAGGGACCCCUGGCUACGUCGAUCCAGAAUACUACCAGUGUUACCAACUCACAGAAAAGAGCGAUGUUUAUAGCUUCGGAGUGGUUUUGGUCGAGCUUAUAUCAUCAUUACAAGCCGUGGAUACCAACAGGCAUCGUCUUGAUAUUAACUUGGCUAACAUGGCGGUCAACAAGAUUCAAAAUCACACAUUGCACGAGUUAGUUGAUUUGAGUCUUGGAUUUGAGACGAACAGCGUAGUGAGAAGGAUGGCUACAUUAGUCGCAGAGUUAGCUUUUCGGUGUUUGCAACAGGAAAGAGAUAUGAGGCCUUCAAUGGAAGAAGUGCUGGAGGUUUUGAGAGGAAUUCAGAGUGAGGAUUUGAACGCUCACAAGGUAGAGGUUGUCGAUAUUUUGAUAGACGACGAGGUUGGACCAUUGAAGGGUAGUGUUGCUCCUUCGUCACCAGAUUCAGUCGUCACUGAUAAAUCGGUUAGCACAUCUACACCUAAUUCUAGUGGAUGAGAAAUCCUUUCAGUCUGCUUGAAGACUUGAAGUUAUGCUAUAGUUACAGAUGGUCCGACUCUUGGUGAUUGUCAUCAGAUAUCACUUACUGGGUAGGAUUUCAUUAUGUUUCAUCUAUUUGCAUGUUCCAUUUUUAUUCUGAGUAAAUGGUUUCGACAGCCACCUAAUACUGAUUUUACGCUUCAAAGGGAUGUACAUGGUAAGUGGAGCUGUUUUCUUAAAUUAUCCUUCUACCAGUUUUGUAUAUAAUAUGUGUUUUUUCACUGUUAUUGUGUGAAUACUGAUGGAAUAAUUAUUUUGCUUCUGUUUA